AUGCCGUCGGACAGCACCUGGUCCCCGCCCGCCUCUAGCGAGCGCCGGCUCAGCAACUCCUCAGAUGGAAGUGGCAGCGGCAGCGGCUACUCUAAGGCGUGUAAACACAUCUUUAAAUUCUCCGCACCUGUCCGACUGCAGCUGACAUUUGCUUUGACCUUCGACGCUCCUACAGUGUACAGCAUCACUAUCACAGACAAAUAG